UUAGAAGCAGUUUUCAAUAGUAUGCCAAUGUUGUAAUAAAGACCAAAUGAUCAUAAUUGAUGCAACCUUGGAAUAUAUUUUACACCCUGAAACUGUGUCACAAAGUGACAAAUAAGGAUUAAGCCAUGUUAAUUGUGAUUCUGUGAAUUGGAUAUCUUUGACCACUAUUGGCUAAUAAUCAGUCAGACAUUAUGUCCAUGAAGAGUAAAAAACGUGUCAGCAUCCGGGAGGAUCCAGAGGUGAAAACCAAUAGGGAGACUCGAAGUAGAUCCCGAAGUCGUUUCCGAGCCAGAAGAUCAAAGUCUAUGGAUGUACCUAAUGUUUCCAAGGACGAAUCAUUGGUUGCUAAGGUUCAAAAGCGUGAACGUAGCUUAGUAAAUCUGGUCAGAGCAGGAUCAAGAAGAUCAGUUCAGAACUUGGUAAAACUAUUUGAAUUGAAAGGGAUGAACGAUGGCCGGAAGAGUCAAGUUAUCCUAUUGGAUGAACGGCGACUUGAUAUCGUCAUUCAGCCCAAGUUGUACACCAGCGAUCUUCUGGACAUGGUAUCCUCACAUUUUAGACUGAAAGAAAAACAAUAUUUUGGAAUAGCUUUUAUUGACGAAACAGGACAUUAUAAUUGGUUAAAUUCGGAGAAACGUGUAUUAGAUCAUGAUUUUCCCAAGAAAAAUGGUGUUUUAACUUUACAUUUCUCAAUUCGAUUUUAUAUAGAAACUAUAGGAUUAUUACGUGAUAUAGCAACAGUAGAAUUAUUUUAUCUUAAUGCAAGACAAACAGUAUUCAAGGGUCUGAUAGAGUGUGAUAGUGAAACAGUAUUUGAAUUAGCAGCCCAUGUAUUACAGCUGUCACAUGGUGAUUACAUCAGUGAUGAAGAAACAAAAAAUGAAUUGAAGAAGUUACCUGUUAUACCUACAUUUGUUUUAAAAGAACAUCCUUCUAUAGGAUACUGUGAAGAUCGAGUGAUACACCAUUAUAAGAAAUUAGCUGGUUCAUCUCGAGGUUCUGCUAUAGUAAAUUAUAUGACAAUAGUAGAGAAUAUACCAACAUAUGGAAUACAUUGUUAUGAAGUAAAGGAUAAGAAAGGAUUACCUUGGUGGUUAGGUAUAAGCCCUAAAGGAAUUUAUCUGUUUGAUAAAAAUGAUAAAUCAACACCUCGUAGAAUUUUUUUAUGGAAAUCAUUAGAGAAUUUAUAUUAUCGUGAUAAAAAAUUUUCUAUAGAAGUUCACGACCCUAAACGUGUCAUUCACACCCUGAGCAGUUUCAACUUAUAUGAGGAUGCUAUAAGGGAGCCUGUACAGAAUUUUGACUCAUUAUCUGAUGCAAUAUCCGAUCCUACUACUCAAGUUUCAGUAAGUCGUAGAACAUUUGGUGCUGGUAAUGUAAAUGUUCAUGCUUGGUUUGCUGUUACACCUCAACUAACAAAAUGUAUCUGGUCUAUGGCAGUAUCCCAACAUCAGUUUUAUCUAGAUCGCAAACAAAGCAAGUCACUUCUUCCCAGUGCACGUUCUAUGAGCGAAAUAGCUGCUGAUUUAAGUAGAAGUACAACAUCAUUACCAGGGUCUAUUGGAUCAGAUUUAAGUCGAAGUACAAGUUCACAAAGUCUGCCCAGUCUCUCAUCGUCCAGAUUUGAUUUGAAUAUUGAACAAUCUGACACGCUGAAGGCCCAACGCGAAAUGUAUCAGGCCUUAAAGGCCAGGAAAGAGGCCUUAGAAGAUGCCUUAAAGAAGAAAACAGAAGAAUUAAAGAAUUUAUGUUUUCAAGAAGGGGAACUGACAGGUGAACUUCCUGCUGAUACACCACUUGGACCUGGUGAAAAGGCUCCAGUAUUCAGACGGAGAGUUGGAACUGCUUUCUCCUUGACAUCCAACAUGGUGAAAAGUGGGGAUGAGAGAGAAGAUGUGGUGGCCAAGUUAGAAUUAGAAUGUGAGCUACAGGGUAAAAUAAUGGCAGCAGCACAGAAAUUAGCGCAAGAUAAAUCUGUGAGUAAAUCUGUACGGAAACAAAGACGCCAGGCUUAUCUUAGAGCUGUUAAUAAGAUGAAAGAUAUGGAGAAGAAACUGACUGAUAUGAAGAAACAUCUAGGGAUAAAUCGUGGAUAUACAACUCCUUAUGAUGUUUUAGAUGAAAAUGAAGAACAACAUGUAUUAACUGAUAGUGAUACUGAGUUUGUAUCACCAAUAUCACCGACUACCUCACCACCUGUUUAUAGAGCUCACAGAGAUAACAUACAGGGUGAUGUAUCUCAGAAAGCUACCCGACCCCAAGCAUUCCAGACAAAUCAUCCUCAUUCCCAUUCACAUCUUGAGAACCAUUCUGUACCCUCCCAUCUUAGUCUUACAGCACUUAGUCCAAGUCAUAGCAGUCCUCAGUUAACAGCAGGAUUUCAACCUAGUAAUGUAACGCGGACUCAAUAUCGUAAUCAGAUGUAUCCAACAUUAACCAAUCGCAGUCAGUCUUCUUCAAGUAACCAAUCAGAAUAUGACAAUAUGAAAACAGGCGGUCGAUUGGAGGGAAGUCUGGACAGUGGAUUUAGUUCAGCCAAUAACAUGUAUAAUAUCAAUUCUCAACGGACGUCGCAUUAUAAUAGUAUGGAUAAGUUAAAAUCUCCGACACAUAGUGGACAACGAGCGGACCAAUACGAUAGAAUAAAUCUCACAACUAAACAUGGAAGUUUAGAAGGUGCUUAUCGCAAAAAAGGAAGUCAAGGACAGGGUCAGGGUCAGGGUCAGAAAUAUGGAAGUUUAGAACGAAAUAAAAAACCUGAUCAAAGUGAAAGAUGUGAUGCACCAUUGCCAGAAUUAAGACCAUCGCGAUAUGGAAGCAAACGUGAAUCAGCAUCAGAGUAUAGUGAUCCUGAAACUCCAACUCCUCAAUCAAUGCGAAUGGUGGAAGUUCCUGUUCAACAUGAAACGGCAGAAAGUCAUUAUUAUACAACUAAACAAUUUCUUUAUGGUGAUUCAUAUUCAGGCUCUGAACAAUCCACUGUUGGCAUGAGCCCACGACAUGAUCGAAAUUUACACGAUCGUUCAGCAGAGCAGUGUUAUAGUCCAAGGACAUAUGAAGGUUCGUUUCCGCGUACCGAUCGUCGACCAUAUUCACCGGGAUAUGAUCAUAAUACUAGUUCGUCAAGUAGUGUAAAUAGAAUGGAGACGCAACCGUCGUCCAGUAAACUUGUGACAGUGACACGUUAUCAGCCUCAAACUGAGGUUACAAAACCAUACGAAUUGUCCGAUUUUUAUAAAUAUAGUGAAAAAUUACGUCGUAAACGACAAGUGGAUAUUUAUCAGAAACAGCUUAUAGGUGUGGAUAGAUUAUCUCGAUCAAGUACACCAUCACAAUCAUCAGAAGGGGAUUACCCCUCACCGAACUCUAGUCAACCCAGUAGUCCAUAUCGGGGAGUUCCAUCAUCUCACCCGUUAUCCCCGAAUCAAUCAUUCACGAGUAGAGAUUAUGAGCAAUCAUCUUACAGUGGUAGGGGGAGCCCCGAAAUAACAACCUCUACGACGUAUCAUUCUGUUAAAACACCGGGGACACAUUAUUCAACAACAGUGUAUAAAUCAUCACAACAUAUUCAAAGCGCUGCUGCAGCGAAACACAGUAGCUAUCAACCUCCUAGGGCCAUGGCCUGUCAACCCGUUAAAAAUCCAUCUGCCUUCUCUUCACCAAGUUCAAGUCCUUCAACAGUAACAUCUGAGUCUGUGAGAGCAUUAUCACCAAGUGGAAGUAGCUUUUCGAUAAACAGUGGACCAUCAUUAGUAGAAGGAUUUAGUGAUGAAAUAUUGGCCUGGUUUGAUGAUCACGAUACAACAAUACAACCACCAACUUUAGUUUAAUUGUUAUUCUCAUUAUGUUAUGCAUUAUGUAAGAUUUAGAUAAAGAGAUAUCGUUUCUCUCUAUACAUGUACAAUUAAAAUUUGUUGUGCAUUUUAUCUUUAUUUAAAUAUUUGAAUAUUGCAGGUGUCAAAAUCCAUUUAAAUCUUGGCCAUAAUAUGGUCUAGACAGUUGAUUAUAGGCUUGUAAGGUGAAUAAAUGUCUAAAUAAUUUAUAUAAGAUUUGAAGCCAAAAAAGUCCUGCAACAGGCAGAUUUAGCUCUUACAUAAUGCAUCUUUAAUUAAUUAUAAUUUAUAUUCCCUCUAAGUCUGGUGAUCAAAGUACAUAGCCAUCAAUUAGAAAAUAUAUUUCGUGCUCAAAACAGUAACUUUUUGAGCAAUCUGUGGGAAUUUCCUUCUUAUUAGUCACAAAUAUUGUUUUGAAAAAAAGAGCAAUAGUGGCAACUGUAUUAAAUAGAUCAGCUCAAUUGUUUCAAAAGCAACUGGGGAAAACGGGAGUACUAGUUGGACACACUUAUACAUUGAUUUGACAGUGUUCUGUGCAUAUAUAUCCAACUAAACACUGAGGAUUAAUGCUGUCAAUGGCUAGCACGCCAACCAUCAGAUCAACUAUAACAUACAAAUAUUGGUUCAUAAUUACAAGUGUUCUAUUGAGAGAGUUCAAUUUAUUCUUUUAUUUGGAAGAUGUUGUUUUAAUGAAAUAGCCCUAUACUUUUUAUGAUAAUAUUUUUAACUUUAAAAAUAUUUUUUAAUUUUUUUAUUGUGGUAAGUUACACACUAAAAUAACUUUAUGAACCCCCACCCUCUUGCGAUGCACUAAUUUGUUCAACAAUCUACAUCUGGACUGUUUGUGCAAGGGCUUUUGAACUACAUGUAUUGUUAUUAAAUGCAGGACAAAGUAUUUACACAUUGUUUCAUUAAAAAAAGCAAAUAUUAGUUUGUCUUAGAACAUAACUGUUAUCAAUAGGAUUACCUAUCCAAGGGUGGAUCAAGGAUUUUCUGCGGGGAUGUAGGGAGCAGGGUCUGAAAUUUUAGAUCUCCAUAUUGAAGGCUAAUAAUGGGGAUCUUGUUAAACCCCUAGAACAUCCAUCCCCCACCCCAAAAAAAUCUCGAGCUUGAUUUUUUGUCUCAUUAAAGUGUCAAGGCACACUUUCCUUGUCAGCCCUGUAGGCUUUACCCACAGCAAGUUGGAACUUGGGUCAAAAAUAAAGUUUCAUUGGAUUUUAUGUGUUACUUUGUUUAUAAGAUUCAGAUGGUUCUUCUGAACCCUUGCAGUUAUUUAAACUAGAGACAUUUAGUUGUGAGUUCUCUUUCAUAAUCGUAUAACUACCAUCACCCAGUUGAUGUAAAAUUCUUUCUCUUGUUCUUCAGUUUCCAUACCAUGUACCCUAAACUUUCAUAUGUCCACAGCUUGGUGAAUGACGAAGGAAUUUUACAACAACCCAGUGUGGACCCUAUUUUGUUUACUGUAGAAGCAAUCUAAUUACAAUUCUAUUAUCAUUUUGUUUUGGUUCUAUGAUUCACAUUUUCUCCACUACAUGUUACAUUCAUGUAAGAUCCAACAUAUAUUCAGAACAGCUGCUGUUGAGAUGGUUGACAAUGACUGUGUUAUGCACAUGACUUUAGUUUAUAAAUAGAUCAGUGGUUGCUGUCUUGGCAUGAUUGAAAAAGCUGCGUUUUCAUGACACACUGAGAGACAAAUAUAAACUAAAAUUGAGUCCGGUAAAAUAUGGAAUAGGAAAUGAAUUGAAAGACUUCUGAUUUUAAUUUUAUAUUACAGCAAUGACAUGUUAUUUGUUUAAAGUUUAUAGAAUAUUAUAUUUAGAUAUAUAUGUUAUUGUGUUUGUAUAUUUUGUUAAUAUGUCUACAUUUAUUGUAUGUUUGUUAGUUUUCUAUCUCAGGUUAAUAAACUAUCAUUAUUCACUUA